AAAUCACAUUUCUCAAGUGUGUGUUCUUCAAUCAUCUCUCAAAUACAUCUACAUUUUUUCCUAAUUUAAUCUUCUUACUCUCAUGACGAAUUCACACCAAAAACCGAAAUACGUUAAAUUAGGUUACCAUUACUUGAUUUCACGCGGUAUCUACCUCUUGUUAACCCCUAUUAUCGCGGUUGUCUCAAUCCGUUUAUCUUCACUUACCACACAUGAUCUAGUUUAUCUAUGGGACCAACUCCGGUUCAAUUUAGUCAUGGUGGUGCUUAGCUUGGCGUUAUUAGUGUUUCUAGCUUCGCUUUACUUCAUGAGUAGGCCUAAGAAGGUGUACCUUGUCGAUUUCGCCACUUACAAAGCCGAAAACUCGCGAAUAGUGUCCCUAGAGACAUUCAUGGACCGGUCAAUUAGAGCUGGAACGUUUACCGAAGAGAAUUUAGCAUUCCAGAAAAAGAUUCUGGAACUAUCUGGAUUAGGUCAGAAAACGUACUUUCCAGAUGCAGUGUUACAGGUUCCGGCGAAUCCGUGUAUGACGCAAGCGAGAAACGAGGCGGAGAUGGUGAUCUACGGAGCCAUCGAUGAAUUGUUGGCGAAAACCGGAUUAAAAGCGAAAGAUAUAGGAAUUUUGAUCAUGAAUUGUAGCUUGUUUUGUCCUACACCAUCACAGAGCUCCAUGAUUGUGAACCAUUACAAGCUUAGAGAGAAUAUCAAGAGCUAUAAUCUUAGUGGAAUGGGUUGUAGUGCUGGAGUGAUAGCCAUUGAUCUAGCAAAGCAACUUCUUCAAGUGAACCCUAAUUCAUACGCACUUGUUAUUAGCAUGGAAAACAUAUCAUUAAACUGGUACUUUGGAAACAACCGAUCAAUGCUCGUCACUAACUGUCUGUUUCGAGUGGGAGGAGCCGCGAUGUUGUUGUCGAAUCGAUCUUUUGAUCGUCGUCGUUCGAAAUACCAACUCAUUCACACCGUCCGUACACAUAAAGGUGCGGACGACCGGUGUUACAACUGCGUGUUCCAAAAAGAAGACGAAAACAAGAAAAUCGGGGUAUCGCUAUCGAAAGACCUAAUGGUGGUCGCGGGUGAAGCCUUGAAAACGAACAUCACUACACUCGGCCCAUUAGUACUUCCUAUGUCGGAACAAUUAUUGUUUUUCGCGACAUUAGUUGGGCGAAAGGUCUUUCGGAUGAAAAUAAAACCGUACAUCCCGGAUUUCAAACUCGCAUUCGAGCAUUUUUGCAUACACGCGGGAGGAAGAGCGGUUCAUGAUGAGAUGGAAAAGAAUCUUGAAUUAUCCGAGUGGCAUAUGGAACCAUCGAGAAUGACAUUAAAUCGAUUUGGGAACACUUCAAGCAGCUCGUUGUGGUACGAACUAGCUUACUCCGAGGCCAAGGGUAGGAUCCGAAAGGGUGAUAGGGCUUGGCAGAUAGCUUUUGGGUCGGGUUUUAAGUGUAAUAGUGCGGUGUGGAAGGCGUUGAGGACGAUUGAUCCGACUAAGGAGAAGAACCCAUGGACGGAUGAGAUCGAUGAUUUCCCGGUUCAUGUUCCUAAGAUUGAGAAGAUCGGUACAUAAUUAGGGUUCAUUUUUAUAAAUUGUUUAGAAUUUUGUGGAUUUCGUAUAUGCAAAAUAUACAUAUACGGUUGUUACGCUAGUGUAGAAGGUUAAAGAGACAAUUGUUAUACUUCAAUUAUUAAAAACAGAUU